AUGCCUCGCAAACAACUCGCCGCCCCCUCGCAAUGGGUUCAUGACCAUUCGGCCGCCACAUACUCCGCCACAGACUUCUCCAAAUUCUUGACACAACACUCUGGCCUAUGGGAGGAGUGGCGAGACAAGUCUCACGAACCCGGCUACAUGAUGCCUAUGACGUGGCUGAGUGCUUAUGGCCCCGCGGGAGCAACGCACAAAGACCCGUGGAUGAAGGGUACUCCAAAAUCGCAGAAGCAACGGUUCGCCUACCCACGCAAAGCUGCUACCCCAAGCUCCGACAGCGACGAUGAAGACGGUAAUGCUAUCGAGAGUCCCAGCCCGAGCAGACCAGUCACUCCAAUGCCUGCCACCGACGACAAUGACGUCCAUCCACAGACCCCAGCUGCGCGUGAUCGCCAGCUCUCUACCCCCGACCCAACUCCGGCAAGACAACACACUUCAACCUUCAAUCACGACACUUACGACAAAAUGGUCAACACCGAAUUGCAGACGAAGCACAACAUGCGGAAGAUGGCCGACGACUUGCAGGAGGCUCUUGAUGAAGGGCAGGCCGAGCUGAAUGGGACGCCGCCUCAGGACCUGGCCAGGCGACAUGCUGAGGCGCGUUUGGCGAGUCUUCGAGCAUUGCAGGAGAACUGCCUUCAUGCCGCGGAGAAGUAG